GGGGGGGAGGGGGGGUGGACUUUGGUGGCACAAGGUGUAUCUGUGGAGGGGCCAGCGGUAGAAUGAGAGACAUACUUGUACAUACCCUCCAGCUGCCGCUUUGCAUUGCACCACCACUUCGGCAAAGCAAUUUGUACGCUCAGACUCGAGCCACCCCGAGAAGGACAUUCAUUACCCAAGGCUUUGGUUAUCACUUUGCACGAUUCAAGCCAGCCUCGGCGCGCGUUCGUCGAGAUCGAACCGUCAUACAGUGUCAGCGACGCAAACACGGUACACACCUGCACGGCCCUGGCUCCAUUCGACCGUCGACGGAGAUCCCAGGGGCCCUGUUUGUCGAAGGCGAACUACACAAGUUAUCGAUAGUCUUGCCUACCUCGGUAACACUGACCCCCCUUCGCCCUUUCAAAUCUUCCAAUCACUCAUACCACCCAUUUCCUGUCUCGCUCUCGCGCUCCCAGGCAUCCAUACAGCAAACGCCCGUCCCGAACCGAAACAGCACGGCAGAAGAGGAAAGAGGAAACGAAACUAGACGCCCGAAAAAAUCGCAACGAAAGAUGUCGGCAUUGGCCCGCACCCUCCGCCCGGCUCGCCGCCUCCGAGUCGCUCCGCCCACCCAGGCCGUCAAUCUUGUUGUCCGGAGGUGCUUCGCCGACAAGCCGCCCGUCCACGCCGAGUCCGCCGUCAACGGCGAGCUGGGCGUCGGCGAGUUCGAGGGCAUCAAGUUCCGCGUCGAGCCGCUGCGGCGUGUGGGCGAGGACGAGCGUACUAUGCGCGCCCGUCUCCUCUACCAGUCCCGUAAGCGCGGCACCCUCGAGUCCGACCUCCUCAUGUCGACCUUCGCCAACGAGCACCUCCCGCACAUGACAAAGGCUCAGAUGCAGCAGUACGACCUCUUCCUCGACGAGAACGACUGGGACAUCUACUACUGGGCCACGCAGGAGGAGGCCCCUUCCAACUCGGCCCCGACGCAGGCGCCCCCGGCCGACACCAAGGGUGCCGAGGACGUCCGCACGCAGCCGCCGCGCGCCGGCGAGUGGGCCAACACCGUCGGCACCUUCAAGGCGCAGUACCGCCCCGUCCCCGCGCGGUGGCAGGGCAGCGAGAUCCUUGAGAUGCUGAGGGCCCACGUGCGCAGCCGCCGCGCGGACGGUACCGUCGGCGUGCACCGCGACGUCCAGGAGCGCAAGGAGGGCGGGCUCGGAUUCAUGCCGCCCCUGUUCGACGUUGACAAGGCGGGCAACAAGAACUGAAGAGCCGGACGCCGGCGGCGCGGAGUGAAAGUGUAGAAAAGAAAGAAAAAGAAGUAAAAAAAAAAAAAGAGUCAUAACGGCCAAUGGGAGGGAAUCUAUACCAUCAUAUCUAUCAGGAAAAAUAACCAUCACGGUGGGAGAGGGAUGCAAGGGAGCGCAUGGCAAACGGGCAUUUUCGGCUUCUUUGGAGGUCUUUGCAUAUUCACGGGACGGAGCACGUGUUAGAAGGCGGGAGACGUGAGAACGCAGCCUGGCUUCAUCGAGGGCUGACCACCACGUCCCCAGAACCUGGGACGAUGGAUGGUGCGUAGCAAAUCUGUAAUUUGACAGCGCAAUAAACGGUUGCAAGCAUAAGCACCAGCGACGCCUGUGCCAACACAAGGCACGUCAAUUCGGAAA